CAGGUGAGCAGACAGUUACAGGACACACUCUCACACACUCUCAGAAGAAGAAGAAAUCGAUGGCGAUGAUGUCUUCUUUCGUCCCGGAGUGUGGCCCCUCCCCCUCCUCUCUGAUUGGAGGAACCCUCCCCCAGCAGCAGGUCCCCUUUCUGGGCAUGGACCCGUCAGAUUUCAGCCUCUACAGCGCAGAGGCCUCCUCGUGGCCCCCCAGCAGCGACGCCCCCUUCCUGCCCCCCGUCUACCCCCUGCAGGGCCCCUGGUUCUCCGUGCUGCCCUGCGUUCGACCGCCCUUCUCGUUCUCGGCUCUGAUAGCGAUGGCGAUCCAGAGUUCUCCUCAGCAGCGCCUCACUCUGAGAGAAAUCUACGCCUUCGUCUGCCAACACUUUCCCUUCUACAGCCGGAACAAGGCGGGCUGGCAGAACUCCAUCAGACACAACCUGUCACUCAACGACUGCUUCCGGAAGGAGGGGCGGAGCCACAGCGACCCAGGUAAAGGGAACUACUGGACUCUGGAUCCAAACUGUGAGAAAAUGUUCGACAACGGGAACUUCCGGCGUAAGAGGAAGAGGAAAUCUGACGCUUCAGAGAAACCUUCCUCCUCCUCUGAACCCAGCCCCAAACUUCCCAAGAUGCAUUGCAGCGAUGACCUCCCUGCUGUGUCCCCCACCGGAGCCGUGGUGCCUCAGUGGGAGUGCUGUAGCUCCUCCCCCUCCUUCUAUAACUCCUCCCCCUCCAUCUAUAACACCUGUAGCUCCUCCCCCUCCCUCUAUAACUCCUGCAGCUCCUCCCCACCCCUCUCUGACCCCUCCUCCUCCCUAUAUGGUUCCUCCCCCUCCCUCUAUGACUCCUCCUCCACGCUAUAUGGCCCCUCCCCCUCCCUAUAUGACUCCUCCCCCCCGCCAUACACUGACCUGCAGGCGUGCAGUUUCCUCCCCGACCUCCAGGAGGCGCAGCAGCUUCUUCAGGCCCAGAGCGAGGCCCUGUUUCCGGGCGGAUUCUGUGACCAACUGCCCCUCUACCAGCCCUGA